GCCUGCCUACUCGGUCGCAGCUGCUUCUCAUUUUAAGAUUUACCUUGAAGUAAAUGUACCUGUUGUGAAAGGGGCUGGGGACUGUUUCAGCAAGGAGGUGGCAUGGUAGAAUCAGGGCCAGUUUGAGCUUUGCUUUGGUUGUGCUGAGCCCUCUUGCUUUAUCCUGCUGUUUAGCAAUCACAGCUAAGUGGGAGGACAAUUUGGUGUCUUGGUGCCCUCAGCUAAGUCGGUCAGUAAAGAGAGACAGCUAAUGCCAGCUCUAUUAAUACUUCUCUUGAACUCUGGUUAUGAUACGAGGUAUUUGUUCAGUUAUGACUGGCCCUGACACACUGGCUGAUUUCAUACAGACAACCACACAUCCAUCACAUGCAACUGCUGCUUUCACAAUCAUUGUUACCUUUCCCCAAAGUGAAACUUUAUAUCCUAAACCUGAGUGGAGGUAUUAAAGGAGCUUAAACACUAAGCACAGUGAAACUAUAAAUGGUGCAGAGAGACAUGAAGUAAAAUGUCAAACACCAGAAUUAGUCUCUUCAUUCGAGUGCAGGAGAUUUUAUAUGGCUUCCUGUGAUAUUUCAGGGAAUUAAGUGAGGGUUACAGUCAUGUAUGCCAACCUGCCAUUUCCUGAAUAGACUCAUUGUAGGGGUGACAGUGACCCUUAAAGGUUCAUAUAAACAUAAUCAGAGAUGUGCUAAACAGACCUGGAUUCUGUCUUUGGCUUCCUUCCUCAGGUACCAUGAGUGGAUGAAAUCGGAGGAGCUCCAGCGGCUGACUGCCUCUGAACCACUGAGCCUAGAACAGGAGUAUGAGAUGCAGCGCAGCUGGCGGGAGGAUGCAGACAAAUGCACGUUCAUUGUGCUGGAUACAGAGAGGUGGUCCGGACAGGCUGGCAUGGAUGAGGACUGCAUGGUCGGGGACGUGAAUCUCUUUCUCACGGACUUUGACGAUCUGGCUUUGGGAGAGAUUGAAGUCAUGAUUGCAGAGCCCUGCUACCGCGGCAGAGGGUUUGGCAAGGAGGCCACUCUGAUGAUGAUGUUCUACGGGGUGACAAAACUGGGAAUCACCAAAUUUGAGGCUAAGAUUGGCCAGGAAAACAAAGCCAGCAUCAGCAUGUUCAGGAAGCUUCAUUUCAAGGAGGUUGCUGUGAACAGCAUCUUUGAGGAGGUGACAUUGAGACUGGAUGCGAGUGAGCAGGAGAAACACUGGCUCUUGGAGCAGACAGGCCACGUGGAGGAGAAAAGCUACAGGGAUAUGAAGCAGCAGAACCUUGCCUCUGAAAGCUGAUGGCUGUCCUGGAAGGAGCGAUGCAUGCACAUGUUAGCUUUCCAAGAAGGAGCUGUUUGACAGUGUCACCAAGGGUGUGGAUGGCAAAUGUCUGUGCAUCAUUAGUGGAUCUAACAACAAACUUCAGCUGCUUUGCUGCUGCUCUAGGUACCCGGGGUACCACAGAGCAUGGCUGGCUUUCCACUGCAGCCCCAGUACGAUGCCUGCAGGAGAAUUCCUUCAGAGUACAGCUCAAAAACUGGAUGAACACGUGCUAAUAAGAAAGCACACAAAUACAGCUCAGCUGGGAAGGGUCCUUUUAGCCUCAAAACAUCCUCUGUCUCUACUCUCAGGGCCUAAACAUUUUAUCACCAAAUUAAUUACUGGGUGAGCAGAGUAGUCUACAAAUACCACCAGUGUUAGCAGUGGUGUUCAGCAUCACAACAGCAGGAUAGUCUGGCCUGCUUUCUCUUGAAUAAAAUUUGAUACGAGUAUGACAUGCCAUAGCUUGACCUGGUCAGGUAUGUCUGUUGCUCAGCUGCUACCUUUGGUUGUAAAAUGAUGGUCAGCAGCAGUGGGGAAGGGAACAGGCUGGGGAAGGAGGGAUGGGGAAAAGAAUUAUUCUGAGUACCUCAGACAUGAGUUGGGAGUGUCAGCAGGUCUGUUAGAUCAGUACUUAGUACUGCUAAUUCUUCAGGUGCCUCAUGGCUUGUACGUUAGGCUUCCACCUUGCCUUUUAGGCUUAAUCCUUGGGAACUGCCAUUUCUAGCUACCUCCCCACUAAGCUGUGGGAAUGGGGCUGUAAAGCCAAAGCCCCAUUGCUUGGCAUGAGCACAGCUUCAUGAGAGAGGCUGGUACAAUUAAAAUAUUAAGGGCCCCAUCCUGAGGUGCUGAGUAUCCUUCGUGGCUACUGAGGUGAAUCUGAGGGUGAAGUUGCAUGCCACACUUAGACCAUACUAAAUCUGUUGAAUGUUAAGUAGAGUUAAAGUUAGAACAUGCAGUGAGCAGUCACAUGUUUAGGGUUAAUACCAUUUUUUGCCUGCACAGCCCUGACUUAACCACUACAGGGCUAGGGAGCCAGGGAUAUGGUCAGAACCCAGAAUACCUUGAUCCUAUACAGUAUAUUUGCAGUACAGUGCAUUGCAGUGAAAUGCAGUGCAUUUUGGGAUGCUGGAGGACUGCAAAUCACUCAUUUUAUCUCCAUGGAGCUGACUGAAGUUACUGUAAUAUGAACUUGGUAGCAUGGCCAAGAGUUAGCACUCGCCUGGAGGCGUAACUUUGAGACAUUUAAGGCUCUUAGACACAUGCACGGAGCCUGCUUCAGUGCACUGGAAAUCCCGUUCAUUGAAGCAGACUUGAUUAAUCAGACUUGAUUUCGGAGCAUGAAAAUUGAUGUGCUCCGGUAAUCUUCCACAUCAUGUGAAUCAGCAUCCCCGUGCUGCAAAAACGGCAGUGAGGUGCUUUGAAAUAAAACAUGUUCAGUGAGCUUUAGUUCAAAGCACCCUGCUGCAAUUUUUUCAGUGUGGGGACAUGCAGGGACGCUGAUACACAUGACGCACGGGUGCUUUUAAUUACCGCAGCUUGCUAAUUAAAGUGCCCUGCACCGCAUCCCAAAAUGCAUGUAAAAAUGCCCAUAGAGGGCACUUAGCUUAAGUUAACAAGCUUUAACUUGUAGAUGCUUCUGUUUUAAGUGCCCUUAGUAUAGCCUUAAUGUGCAGCUUCACCCUGAGGUGUGGGGACCUGCUAAAGGAUGUCUGUUUGACUUCCCUAUUGCCAGCAGUGUUUCAUAGUUUCAUAGGUUUCAUAGGCAUUAGGGCUGGAAGGGACCUCGGAAGAUCAUCGAGUCCAGCCCCCCGCCCAAAGGGCAGGACGUCAGCUGGGGUCAUAGGAUCCCAGCAAGAUAAGCAUCCAGUUUCAUCUUGAAGGUGUUCAAUGAAGGCGCUUGAACAACCUCCGGUGGCAGGCUGUUCCAGACCUUGGGGGCUCGGACAGUAAAGAAAUUCUUCCUUAUGUCCAGCCUGAAACGAUCUUGUAGUAGUUUGUGACCAUUCGUCCUCGUCAUUCCUUGGGGCGCUCUGGUGAACAAACGUUCCCCUAGAUACUGGUUGUCACCCCUGAUAAACUUGUAGGUGGCCAUCAGAUCACCCCUGAGCCUACGCUUUUCCAGGCUAAAGAGCCCCAGGGCUCUCAGCCUGUCAUCGUAGGGUCUGCUUCCCUGACCUCUGAUCAUGCGCGUGGCUCUUCUCUGGACUCUCUCAAGCUUCUCCACAUCCUUUUUGAAUUGUGGAGCCCAAAACUGGACGCAGUACUCCAGCUGCGGCCUCACUAAGGCCGAGUACAGGGGGAGAAUGACAUCCCGGGAUUUGCUUGAGAAGCAUCUAUGGAUGCAAGCCAGCGUUUUGGUCGCUUUACUAGCAGCAGCAUCGCAUUGCAGGCUCAUGUUCAUCUUGUGGUCAAUGAUGACCCCCAAGUCUCUUUCUUCCAUAGUGCUAGCCAACAUAGCACUGCCGAGCCUAUAAGGAUGCUGCGGGUUUUUUUUCCCCAAGGUGGAGAACCUUGCAUUUAUCGGUGUUGAACACCAUCAGAUUCUCAUCCGCCCACUUGCUGAGCCUGUCCAGGUCAGCCUGGAUCAUCCACCUGUCUUCUGGUGUGGAUGCUUUGCCCCAAAGUUUGGUGUCAUCGGCGAACUUGGCCAGUCCGCUUCUGACUCCAGUGUCCACAUCAUUAAUGAAGAUGUUGAACAGUAUGGGUCCAAGGACAGAGCCCUGGGGGACCCCGCUGGUCACAGGACACCACGAUGAGUGACUUCCAUCAAUUACUACCCUCUGGGUCCGACCCCGGAGCCAAUUUUCCAGCCAGUGGAUCGUGGGGGACCCAAAGUGACAAUUGGCCAGUUUCUCCAAGAGACGAUCAUGGGACACCAGAUCGAAGGCUUUUUUGAAGUCAAGAUACAUGACAUCAAUCUCAUCUCCCUUGUCCAGGUGAUAGGUCACCUGGUCGUAGAAGGAAAUGAGAUUGGUCAAGCAAGACCUACCCGCAACAAACCCGUGCUGGCUAUCCCUUAAGAUGUUGGCGUCGGCCACUCAAUAAACUUUUCUAAGAUCUUCCCCGGGAUAGAAGUCAGGCUGAUGGGCCUAUAGUUAGCCGGAUCCACUUUCCUCCCUUUCUUGAAGAUAGGCACCACGUUGGCCUUCUUCCAGUCUUCAGGCACUACACCAGAGCGCCAAGAGUUUUCAAAGAUCCGCGCUAGAGGCUGGGCUAUGAUGCUCGCCAGCUCCUUGAGUACCCUGGGGUGAAGAUUGUCAGGGCCGGCUGACUUGAAGGUAUCCAGCUUCUCAAGAUGUUCCUUCACAAAGUCAGCAUUAAUGGAGGGCAGGGGAUCACCCUCACCCGGACUUCCCGGCCCUGUAGCAGGCACGGGCGUCCCAUGGGGCUGAUGAAAGACAGACGCAAAGUACCUAUUUAAUAGUUUGGCUUUUUCCUGGGCGUCAGUUGUCAGUUGCCCCAUCUGGUUCAGCAGGGGUCCAACGUUGCCCCUGCUUUUUCUCCGGCUCCCCACAUAUCUGAAAAAGGAUUUUUUAUUGUCCUUGAUGCUCAAAGCUAGCUGGAGUUCAGUUGCAGCCUUGGCUUUCCUGGUCUGCUCCCUACAGGACCGGACCAGUGCAGAAUAAUCCUCCUUGGAGGUGACUCCCAUCCUCCAUCCUUUGUAGGCCUUUCUUUUUAGCCUCAGGAGGUCUGCUAGGUCCCUGGAGAGCCAGGGGGGCUGCUGUGCCCUCUUGCUGCCUUUCCUCCGAGAUGGAAUAGACUUAGUUUGUGCAUUGAGGAUCGCUCCCUUGAGGAGCAACCACUCUUCUUGAGCUCCCCUCUCCCUGUGGUCACAGUCCCUUAGGGCCUCACUGACAAGCCUUCUGAGCUUGUCAAAGUCGGCUUUCCUGAAGUCAAGGACUUGCGUGUUGCUGACCGACUUGCCAGCUUUUCGGCGGAUGGUGAAGGUGAUCAGCUCGUGGUCGCUGUCACCCAGCUUCCCAUCGAUCACUAGGUCACCGACUAGGUCCUCCCCAGUAGCCAGCACCAGGUCGAGCAGCGCUUUGCCUCUCGUUGGCCCAUAGACUUCUUGAGUCAGGUAGAGGUCAUCCACGCACGAGAGGAAGCUCUGCGACCGCUCAGAUUUUGCUGAGCGAUCCUCCCACGAGAUGUCUGGGUAAUUGAAGUCACCCAUGACAACCAUGGUCCUGGAGCAAGCUGCCUCAGCCAGUUCCUGGGCAAACUCCUGGUCUAGCUCAGGACUUUGGGUGGGAGGUCUGUAAUAGACUCCCACCAUUGUGUCCCCUGUGCUGUGUUCCCCACGGAUUUUAACCCAGAGGGUCUCCAGCCGUCCACCCUGGUCGCCAAUAUCGGCUUGCAGGGAUAAAGAAGUGUUAAAGAAGGAUGCUUCUAAAAGAUGGGAAAGCAGGCACUAAAUUACUACAGGUAAGAGGGGACAUAAAACUGGAGAUGCCAAGCUACUUACAUCACUAGAGGAUGAUUUUUGGAGGGGAGAAUUAUCUCCCAGGACUACUCGGUACAAGUAUUGGAAAGGAGAUACAUGGUUGUGAUAGAGAUUCCCACAAUAAGUUGAAUGAGGAAAUUCAUUUGCAACAAGGGUGUAAAGGAUAAGUUGCCAAGACACUAUUAUGCUUGUUUGAAAAUCAGUGUUACCAGAUGAUAAGGGCACAAGGGCUGUUUGCAUUACAGUAGCCUUAUUGGCUAAUUCCUUUAAUGACCAGAAAUGUUUAAUUUCUGCUGUGUUGGAUAAUAGGUUUCCAAUUUGAAUGGGGAUAUAUUUAAUCAGUAAUUGGUACCCUGCAGAAUUUUUAGUGCUGCUAUUUGUGUGUGCGGGUCCUGGGGAUUUUCAUUCCGAUUUGAGUUCAUUUAAAUGCAUUAUUUCUAUGACUAAUAUUAAAAGCAAGUGCAAUAGUA